CAAGCCUGCAGCUGUCUAUCAGACCGUACAGAGAAAAUAGCCCUGCCCCCUCAGUACCACCCACCAGAGAGAGAGGGAAAGAGGAAGCGCGAGGGCAGGAAAGAUAAGAGCAGAUGCAGAGUGCCUGAGAGAACCAGAGACGUACAGAGGAAAGAACACGCAAGGGAGCGACUGAAGUGGACAACUUUGCCCCGCUCAACAGCAGUACCGGUGAUCUGCUGGAUCUCAUCUCUGCGGCUCUGUUAGCCUCAAGUUAGCAGCAGCACUGAACACGAGACUGCAUUGCUGGUGCGCCAACAGUGUUCCCAUGUGAGUAAUAUUGAACUGAAACCAAGGGAGGGACGGUUCUGUGUGUGGUGAAAACAUAGCAGAGGAACGACGGCGUCCAAACCUGAAGACCGGAUCCAUAGAAGCAGUGGCCUUGUGAUUCAGCCAACCACCCAGUGGAAGAAGAGCAGCGAUAGAAGUGUAACUAUGCGACGGAGAUGAGAGCCAAGAUAAAGCCUCUGUUGAAGACUGCACUUCGUCUCAGAGCAUGAAGCUGGUUGUAACAUACAGGCAGGACUGACAUCUGACCAGCAAUUUAAAGUGACUUGAAUGGAAGUACAGCAUGCACCAGCCCAGGUGUAGUUCCCUCAGGAACUCCCGACACGUCACCACUGUCAUCGGCAAUAAAGGUUUGUUCGCACACGACAAGCACCUGACCAGGUGUCACCGCUGCCCAACUGAGGUGGUGCACUCAGCCACCAUGCAGUGGAGGAGGCGCUACUGCUGCACCAACGUCGCCAGGCUCCUGUCUCUCCUCUCCUUGCUGGUAGUCCUGGUCAUCUUGCGUCAUCAGGACUGGCUGCCGGGCAUCAAGGGCCCAACAUUGCGGAGGGAGAACCCAGUGGCUUACACCGAGGGAGGACUGCACUCCAUAGACAAAGGAAAUCACAGCUCCUCACAGAUUCAAUUGAGGGAUGCACCGGUUCCCCCUGCACCUCCGAAAAUGAAUGCCAACCUCAGUUCCCCUCAGGCGGACUCCUCUCCGCAGCGGGUUACGGGACUGGAGAGCUCGCUGGCGACUAAUGCUAGCUUGAGCGGAGAGGUCGGGCUAGGGGGCCUGCUGACAUUGGAACCCUACACUUACAUCAUCAACGAGCCCAACAAGUGCCGGGAGGGCGACCCAGAACCCUUACUGGUGCUGCUGAUAGCCACGGAGGCCCAGCAGGUGGAGGCCAGGGAGGCCAUCCGGCAAACAUGGGGAAACGAGAGCGUGGUCCCAGGCCUUGUCCGGCUUUUCUUGCUGGGUGUGAAGGAGGGCGAGGUGGGCCGCCUGCAGCAGAGCAGCCUGGAGGCAGAGAGCAGGAGGCACCGUGACAUCAUCCAGCAGGACUUCAUGGACACGUACAACAACCUGACCAUCAAAACCCUGAUGGGCAUGCACUGGGUGGCCGCGCACUGCCCGGGCACCAAUUACGUCAUGAAGACAGACAGUGACAUGUUUGUCAACACCGAGUAUCUUGUCCACAAGCUGCUCCAGCCAAAUAAUCAACCAAAACGUGACUAUUUCACAGGCUACCUGAUGAAGGGCUAUGCACCCAACAGGAAUAAGAACAGCAAGUGGUACAUGUCCCAUGAGCUGUAUCCCAGCGAGAGGUACCCCACCUUCUGCUCAGGAACUGGUUACGUAUUCUCGGGGGACCUGGCGGGGAAGAUCUACAGGGCCUCUCUAGGCAUUCGCAGGCUGCAUCUGGAGGACGUCUACACGGGCAUCUGCCUGGCAAAGCUGCGGAUCGAACCCACACCGCCACCCAAUGAGUUCCUGUUCAACCACUGGCGGGUGUCCUACUCCAGCUGUAAGUACAGCCACCUUAUCACCUCCCACCAGUUUCACCCCAACGAACUGCUCAAGUACUGGCACCACCUGCAGCACAACAAGCACAAUGCCUGCAUCAACACAUUCAACGACUAGAUGGGCAGGUUUCACCAGAGGAGACUGCAUGGGUACAGCCUAUUUGGUGACAGAGGAUCAAGGGUGAUGUUAGAUCAUGGCCUGUGCAGAGUCACUGGCUAGAUGUAACCGAGCAAAGCACGUUUUUGGACAAUGGUUGAGGACAGCCAUUUUUUUUUUACUGGCUCUCCAGUUCAUUUUUUUUUUGUUUAAUAUAUUAAUUGGGGGAAAAAAAUAUGCAUCGGUAGAGAGGAAGACCUGAAUUAAAGCCGCUACACAAACAGCGCAAUGAGAGUGGCACAUACAGGCCGUUCCAACAUUUAAGCCACACCAAAGUAAAAUGAACAACGUGUGAAAAUAAUGCUCCAUCGCUGCUGUGUUUGCGUGAAGGGCCCAUUAUAUUUCAACAGUGGAUACUGAUAAAUGUUAGACUGUAUUGGUGGACUGUCAAGGUCUGGUAUCCAUUUUGCUCAACUUGGAUUUAAAUAAUGUCCCGUUUUUAUAUAGAUUUUUUUAAAUGUUGGGGCAGCAGGGUAGCCUAGUGGUUAGAGCGUUGGACUCGUAACCGGAAGGUUGUAAGUUCAAAUCUGUC